GCACGAGGACCAAAACGGUAAAUAAGAACGUAAGUGAAAACACCCGUUACUUUUAUCUGUUCUCAUUGCGCGUUGAGUCAUCAGAAACUGAGCAUCGAUCGAAUGAUAGUGUUUACAAUCGCGACGUUCAAUACUGGCCACUCUAGAAUAAAAUGUGCGAUGAUGAACAAAGCUCCUCUCAAAUUGAGGAUGAUAAAACGGAUUCUCAGUUAUCCUUGUUGGAUUUUCCCGUUGAGAUAUUUCUUCAUAUCUGUUCUUUCCUAGAUGCCUCUACUUUAGUACAUGGCUUGAGUUUAGUGUGUAAACAGUUUUAUGAGAUUUUAAGCAGUGAUUCCCUGUGGAAAGUGAGAAUCAAUCAUAUUUGGCCAAAUACGGGUUACCCAGUUUUGCCUCCUGCUGAAGACGAUGAACUGUUUUGGAAAUUAUCAUGUGUUGCAUUAGAAAAACAAACUUCAUUAUGGAAGAAGGAGGAUUCGAUGGAGAGAAUAUCACUUAGUAAUUUACAGUACAGUACCAUUGAUGGAUUGCUGUUAAUGCAGGAUGGACACAUUUGUAUAUCAGGAGCAAGAGAUCGAUCCUUGGCAUGCUGGAAGCUUCCUACAGAAGAAAAUGAAAAAGAAAGUGUUAUGUGUAAAGAAUUAGCCCAUGAUGGAUGGAUUUGGGACCUAACAGCAAUAGACAAUACCAUUUAUAGUUGCAGUUGGGAUCAAAGCAUUAAAGCAUGGACGCUUACCAAUACUGGUUUUUACCCCCUCAAAACUUAUCAGAUGGACGUCUUAGGUGCUCUGUUGUGUAUUACGUCAUGUCCUGAACUAGCCACUUUUGCUACGGGUUCAUAUGGUAGAACUAUAUUAGUAUUUGAUCAGAGAUUGGGCAACCAUCCUAUUGCAAAGUACCGACCACAUAAAAGAGCUGUUAUUAGACUAGCGAUGAAUUCUCAAUUUAUUUUGUCGGCCAGCGAAGAUAAAACAGUCGGUAUAUGGGAUCAAAGGGCGGGAAGAAUCAUGAAAAAUGUUACUAUUUCACAAGAAUCAUUUCCCAUGAGUAUGUGCAUGCAGAGAGAUAUGGUCUACGUAGGAGAUGGUAGUGCAAAGUUGCACGUAUUAGAUCCAAAGAAAGACUUUAAACCAGUUAAGUGUUAUCCUACUGAACACAAGAAAGGUAUCAGUGGUGUUCAUGCAGGACCUGGAUGUUUAAUAACAAGUUCCACGGAUGAGACAGUAAGAAUAUCCAGUCCUACUGAUCCUCCGCAACACCUUGUCACUUUGAAAUCGAAUUAUGGCGAAGUGGCUAGCAUUGAUUACUUGAACGACGUCCUUGCUGUUUCUGGUACAGAGGGGAUUGAAAUUUGGAGACCAAAAUCAGGGACGCGAUGUGCAUAAAGAUGUCAAUAAAUUAAUGGUUUCUACGAGCAUUUUCAUUCGACAUGCUAUAUAUUAUAGUAAUAUUUAAUAAAAAAAAUCUAUUAAAUAAGAAUUAAGUAUAUAUAGAUGCAAAUAAAAAUUUAAGAAACGCUUUUCUAAUCGUAUUGUUAACUACUUACACUACUAUUGUCAUUGGUCAUUUCUACAGAAAAAAAGGGAUUAAAUUAAGGAUACAAUUCAUACGAAUACUCUCGGAUGAUUAGAUGACAUUAGUGAAAUAAAAAAAUACUUUUCGUAGU